AUGGAGGACGUGAAGUUGGUGGAGAGAAUGAUGGUUCUACCGGAGACGCCAACACCGCGCCGGCGUGUUUUCUUAUCGAACAUAGACCUAACCCUCGUUGCAUACCAAGAAUCAGUAUCCUUCUUCGAUCCUCCUGCGAAUCAGAUGAGCCUCUCAGAGGCUUUUCACCGCCUAUGCCGCGCGAUAUCCCAGGUACUCGUGUCUUACGACUUCUUGGCUGGAAGGCUAGUGCCAUCUCUGGAGGCAAGUAACAGGCUCGAGAUCGACUGCAACAAUGCAGGGUUCGUGGUUGCUGCAGCCACCACCAAGACUACGGUGAGCCAGCUCGGUGAGCUCAUGGCGCCCAAGCCGGAGUUCGAGCGGUUGGUUGCUUUCUUGCGUGAAGAGGCUGAAGAUGAGCUGGAGCUGAAAGACAAGCCUCUGGGUUUUUUUCAGUUGACACAGUUUGGGUGUGGAGGCCUGGCCCUGGGAUCAAGAUAUUACCACUGCAUCCUAGACGGUGUGGCCAUUCAUGAUCUUGAGAUGAACUUGGCUUCCCUGACUCGCGGCGAAGGCUUGGUCGUGGUACCGAACCCAGAUAGGAGCAUAUUCAGAGCACGGAAUCCACCACAAAUCAGUCACCCUCAUUUUGAGUACUCAAGAGCCAUUGAUACAGAUAGCCCAUUCACCCUCCGCGGAACCAGUGAUGCCCCCAUUGAGAAAUCCGGGAGGCAUGAUCAGAUUCACCUGAUCCAUCUUUCACCUAUCAACAUCCAAGGUUUAAAGAAGGCAGCCCUCAGGGAUGGGAAGUUGAAAAACUGCACCACUUUUCAAGCUGUGGCAGCGAAGAUAUGGAAGGCAAGGAGCAUAGCAGUGGAGAUGGCAGAGGGGAAGAUUUCGACCAUGUUGUUUCCGGUGGAUACUCGAACCAGGGUUGUGCCACAAGCCCCGGUGGGAUUUGCUGGAAAUGCAUUGGUCCCUGGGUUCGCAAGAGCCAGCGUGAAGGAGCUGAAAGAGGAAGAGUAUUCAAGCCUAGUGAGGAGAGUGCAGGAAGGGAUUGAGAGGUUGGAUGAUGAGUAUGUGAGGUCUGGUAUUGACUGGUUAGAGGUGAAUAGAGGGGUACCUUGUAGAGAAGACAGCUUCUCACUUGUAGCGUGGUGGAGGCUGGGCUUGGAAGAAGAGGAGUUCGCUUGGGGUAGACUUAAAUGUGCUUCUCCAGUAGUUGUUAAACCAGGCAUUGUCUUCCUGUUGCCAGGGCCGACAGCUGAGGGAGGGCUCAACAUUUUCCUGGAACUGGAAGGAGACCAAGUGGUGGAGUUUCGUAGGUUAAUGAUGGAAGAUUGA